AUGAGUAGAGACGACAAUGCCUUUUUCAUGAUCGUCAUCAAGUCUCCUCUGCAAGAUCAAGAAUUUUGCACUGGCAGCGAUGCCAUGCAUUUUCUGUCUGGAUCUAGGUUCCAAGCUAGGGAUUUGGAGGACAAGCUUCACCCAGGUGGUCCAUUUGACCCGUUGGGGCUCGGAAAAGACCCCGACCAGGCUGCACUUCUAAAGGUGAAGGAGAUUAAGAACGGUAGACUUGCAAUGUUUUCCAUGCUCGGUUUCUUCAUCCAAGCUUAUGUCACUGGAGAAGGUCCUGUUGAAAACCUAUCAAAGCAUCUCAGUGAUCCUUUUGGCAACAACUUGCUUACUGUGAUCUCUGGAAAUGUUGAAAGAGCACCCACCCUGUAA